UUCGUCGCCCUCGCCGCCCCGCCCCGUCGUCUGCUCGAGCUCCUCGUCUCCUCCCGCCAUGUCGUGUGCAAUGGAUAUGGACUGGUGUCUCGCCUGCAACCGCCAUCUCGAGGAGGACGCCGAGUUCGGCCAGUACUGCUCCUUCGAGUGCCAGGCUGCAGCCUGCCCCGCAUUCUACAACUCCCCACCAGUCAUCGUCGACGCAUCCCCCGACGCAAGCACCUCCGGAGACGAAGACGACGAGGACAUGAUCUUCCACUACAUCGAGUCCCGCGCCCCCCGUCCGCCAGCACUCUUCACUCGCGAAGGACUCCGCGACGAGGACUGGAUCAACCACUGGGCUGCAACCGUUGACCCGGGCGAGCCGGAAGCUCCCCCCGCCGCGCCCUACACUCCCCCACCAGCAUCCCUCCCCUCGUCCUCCGCCUCGUCUUCGCGCUCUUCUUUGGCCGCGCCUUCCCCCACCGCCCCGCACGUGCUCUGCCAGCCGUACCAGCGGCCGAUCCCACCAACUCUGUGCAUGUCGAACUACAACAGCACACGCUCCGACCCAUCUCUGCUCGACAUGAGCAGCAGCGCACACAUCGCCGCGAUUUCGAUCAGCAGCCGUGCGUGCGAGCCCUCAGCCAGCAUCGGCCGGCCCUCCUUCACGGACUCCUCACUCGCGACGCCCGGCUCGUCGCCAGUACCAGUGCCGGUCGCACCUGCGCCGCACAAGACUUCCGUCCUCGCAGCGGUCGCUUCCCACGUCCGCUCAUGGAUUGGCGAGGCGGGCCCGCUACGAAGGAGCCAGUCACGAGAAGUAUCCGCACUGCGAGAUGCCCCCGUGUUUCCUGUUGGCGCAACCGUCGCCCCGACCGUGAAGACCUCGCGAACUGCGAGCCUCACACCACCAUUCGACGAUGAGAACACCGCACCGUGGUGGCCACGCAAGGACGGUAGCUGGGGUAAGCGUCCGCUGGUCGACCCAACACGAGGCCUCCACGCGACCAUCCAGCUCCCGCUCCGUCCUCAGGAUCCGUUCAACGCCCGCGGGCGUCGACAGACCCGCGUGGUCGCAUAGGGUUCCUGGCCGUCGUGUGUGUCUCGCUGUCCCCAUCUCUCCUCCACCUAGACGUCUGUUUUCCUCUUGCAUAUCACCAAAAGGACUCCCCCGGACUUCCUUAUCCAUCACUGACGGACGGGGCCUCCGAACUCGGGACCCCGCCCGAUGACCACCCCUCAUGCCAUGCCCCAUUCCCCUUCCAUCGCGCGUCGCAGGACGUGUAUACAUAUAUGCUGCCUUGCCACCGAACCCGAUUACCCACCCUCCCUUCAUCUUCUCUUAUCGCAGCCCACCUUCGCUGUUGUCCACUACCCUUGCGGCAUACCACCGCCGUCCGCCGCCGGCGCUGUUGCAAAACCUCGUCUUCUCGCAUUACGGAACCCUCUUUCCCGCACCUCACGACCUCAUAUUAUAUCGCAAUCCCCUGCAUAGACGCACCGUGUACUCUACCUGCUUUUUCGCGUUGUUCUGACCGAUUGUUUACUCAGUCCGGAUGGGCUGACCUUAGAAAGUCGGCCCUCCGGGCUCGACGACUACGUACCUACCUACCUGACUACCUAUGUCUGUACUAUCAUGCGUAAAUGAGAGAGCGCACUGCUAGAUUUUCUCUCAUA